GUUUUUUUCGUUUGAAUUUAAAAAAUACGGAUUUCAUUUUAUAAACGAGUCGUUUGUUUUUGAGUUUUUUUUUUUAGUCAGCUUUCCUUUCUCGCAAAAGGGUCAACACUGAAAAUUCCUAGGUUGGUUAUUCGGCUGAUGCAAUAUUCCUGGUACCGUUUUGGCGAUUGAUAGGUUUUCGUGUUCGAAAGUGUUUAUUUAAUGUUUAUAAAUCGUUUAUAUUGAUUUAUAAGAGAGUGAAAUACAAGUUUUGUGAUGGCGGAAGACGAGAUUUUCGAUCCCAACUUGAAGAAGAAAAAGAAGAAGAAGAAGGCCUUCGACAACUCCGUCCUGACGGACGGCGCCCCGGCCGAGUCGGGGGAGAAGAAUGAGACCGCCCCGGAUAAGGAGAAUCAGGAGCCCUCUCGCCCUGAAAACGAAGUCGAGCAGGAUGAGAGUUUAGACUUGGAAUCUUUUGGAACGAAGAAGAAAAAGAAGAAGAAGGCGACUUUUAACCUAACAGAUCUUGAACAUGCUCUUCCUGAUGGGACUAACAACAAAUCUUCAGCUCCCAAUGAGACCACUGAAGAAAACAUUGAGGAAUUUGACUUAGACAUGGACUUUUCUUUAGCAAAGAAAAAGAAGAAGAAGAAAAAGGAUUUAGAAGAGCUAGUUGCCGAAGAAGAAAAAAUCCGAAUAGAUGACAAAGAAGCAGAAAAUGAGAGUCAAAAGUGGGUGGGCACCGACCGUGAUUAUACAUACGACGAAUUGCUAACAAGAGUUUUUGAUAUAAUGAGAGAUAAAAAUCCUGAAAUGAUAGCCGGAAAGAAAGCGAAGUUUGUCAUGAGACCCCCGCAGGUUGUAAGGAUAGGAACAAAGAAGACGUCUUUUGCCAACUUUACUGAAAUUUGCAAAACAUUGCAUAGAACUCCGAAACAUUUACUCGAUUUUCUCUUGUCUGAGCUCGGAACCAGCGGUUCAGUCGACGGUAACAGUCAACUGAUUAUUAAAGGUAGAUUUCAACAGAAGCAAAUAGAAAAUGUGUUAAGGCGAUAUAUUAAAGAAUAUGUGACAUGUCAUACAUGUCGCUCACCCGACACUAUCCUUCAAAAAGACACUAGACUGUUUUUCCUUCAGUGUGAAUCAUGUGGUUCGAGAUGCUCCGUAGCAAGUAUUAAGUCUGGUUUCCAGGCUGUAACGGGUAAACGUGCGGCAAUAAGAGCAAAAACAACAUAGAUAUUUUUUAUUUUGUUUGUGAAAGUAAAGGUAUCUGUUUUAAUUUUUUUUUAAAUUAUGUCAUGUCCCUUUGCAUACAAUUAUACAAAUGAUAUAUGAAUUACACUUUGAUUUGGCCAUUUCAGUUAGCAAACUAAUAACCCAAGUUUAAAAAAAAAACGUGUAUUUACAAUUAUUUCAAAACUGGUUGUGUACAUUUGUUAUAUAUUAAUAUAAUUACCUAUAAUAAUUAGCUUAAAUUUUUACAAUGAAUAGUUUUAUAUUAAAACAAUGCAAUUUAUAUGAGUCUUGUCAAAAUAAAGCUCAUUUUACGAGAGAAA